AUGACAAAAUCGUCAAAAUGGCCCAUUAUGAGUUACUUAUUCAUCCUGCUUAUCAUUUUGUUCAUAAGAAAUGACGAGAAUUUGGGGGUUGGAUGUUUCAACAGUGAAGGUCAUGAGGCCAUAGGGAUGGUAGCUAUGUCUGGAUUAAAAAGUGAUCAGUUGUACGAAUUGAAGAAAUUGCUAAAUGGAAAAGACAUUGUAGAUAUUGGAAAAUGGGGUCAUUUAGUUCAUAACAAAAUAAAAGGAGCAGAAUCAAUGCAUUUUAAUUUACAAAAUAAUGAUUGUAAGAAGGCUGUGUUCGAGUGCGAAGAUAAAAAUGGGUUGUGCUUGAUUCAUUCGAUAAAACACUUCUACGCCACGUUGUCUGUAAAUAAGAUGGGGCGGAAAUCGGAGCAGACCUCAGAUCAGAUCCCGGAGAAGACUCAGGAACAGACCGAGGAGCAGACCCCGCAGCAGAAUUCCAAACGUGCGUCCCCCUCCCCUCAGUCCACAGAAAAAGACAUACCGUUUAUAUAUCCUAAAAAUAUCACAUUUACAGAUGCAGAUUCGCUCAAGUAUCUAAUAUCUCUUAUUGCGGAUAUGCAUCAACCGUUAAGGAUUGCCUAUCGACAUGACAGUGGUGGGAAAGAUAUCAAAGUAAUACAUCAUGAUGAUUCAAAAAUUGUGAAAAGCAAUUUGUUUGAAUAUAUGGAAAACGAAUUAUUAAAUAAAAUGAUAAGAAGAUAUCAGUCAGCAUGGUAUGGUGGUUGGACACAUGUUAAUAGAAUUUUUGAUGAACAUAAAAAGGAUGAAACAUUGUUUAAUGAAAAAGGAAUAGAUGCAAUAGAUAUAUGGGCAGAACAAAUUAUCAAUGAGUUCUGUUCAGAAUUUUAUCUUAAUAAUUAUAUUGUAAAUUUCAUGGUAGAAAAAAAAAACGAGUUACAUUUUGACACAUCGAAGGAGUUAGAAAUCACCUAUGAUUUGGAGUUCCAUCUCGAGAGGUUAAUGAAAAUUAACAUUUUGAGAGCUGGAUCCAGGAUAGCCAUAAUACUUAAUAGUAUAUUCGCGAAAAGGAAAUUUUCAAGCCUGCGCAAGAAGUCUGAAUUUGAUAGAGUUGAAUAUGAACAGUUGGAAAGAAACAGAGGCGCUUCUGUUUAUAAAAAAAAUGCUAUAUUUAUAAAUUUAACUAUCAUAUUUGUAGUACUGAUAACAAUAUUAUAUUUCAACUUUGUUCUUAACAGAAAAAAUAAAAUGUACCUUCCAAGCAAGACUGAAGAAAUCGAGUUGCAAGCAAAGUGUAAUUGA